AGUACCAAAGAAAACAACGAACGAAAGACGUUGAAAAUUUUUCGAUUUUGUUUUCGAAAUUGAAUAUCGAAUGCUAAUUGAAUAUAGCACUACGGAUAUAUUUUGGUAAAUAGAGUAGCGGUGUUAUACGCAGUAGCGUUAAAAAUCCAAACGAAUUACACACACGAAUCACAGAAAAGUGAAAAAGUCAAAGCCGAAACUUUAACGAAACGACACGAAUGCAAGCAGGGGGUUAUUUUUGGGAUACGCUUUUCGAAACGCCAACAACAAUAAUUUGAAUAACAACAACUGCAGCAACAAGUACAACAUGCGACUAUCGUUAGUCGCUAGCAACCGCAAAGCAGAGCAAAGCAAACUGUCGUUCGGUCCAUCGGUCGAUAUGUAGAUAUGAGCUAACAAUCGUAGUAGUAGCGGCACAAAAACAAAAAUAAACUACAACAACAGCAACAGCAACAACCAUGUGCGGAGUGCGGAAUAAAAACAAAAAUUGUAAAAUACAAUAUUCUAAAUAGCGUGAAACAGGCGUAUGAAUGAAACAACAAAAGUCAAACGGCAGACGUCGCACGGUAGAGGCGGUUAGACGUUGAAAACCGAAGAAGAAGAACAAGCAAGUAGCAGUAGCAACAACUACGUCAACCGUUUCGCUGUAGCGGUAUUUGACGAGUUUAGCGAACGCGAUGAUCGUAGUGUUGGUUGGUAGUCGUAGACGUAAUGUUGGGUGGGAUCGUUUGGAUCGUUGAGAUCGACGGUAAAUUUACCAAAAUAUAUAAAUAAAUAUAUCACUUAAAUUAAAAAUCAAAAAUUACAAAAAAUCAAAAAAAAAUUAACGUGUGUGUGAGAAGUGAAAACAGCAGAACUCUUAUCGGUGCGGUGUAGUGGCGUAUGUGUUUAGAACUAAUUGCAAAAUAAAGAAGCAAAAAUAAAAAAUAAAUAAAAACCAAAACGGAUAAAGUGAACGCGAGCAUUUCGGACAGCGGCAGAGUGUGGGAGAUAUUGUGACACGAAAUCGCUGAACAAAAAGGAAAUAAUGGAUACCAAACCGCCUACGACGCCGCUCAGCAAUGGCAAUGGUAAUGCCAACGGUAAUGGCAACAGCAAUCACAACCACAACAGCAGCGGCAACAGCAAUGGCAGCAGUUAUCACCACCAUCGCGCGCCGCGCACCCCCGAAAGCUACUUCAAUGUGCCAGAAUCGAUCGCGCUGCUGAAUAUCGUCAAAUCGGAGCGCAUACAAAGCGCCUUCCAAUCGAAUCGCAAGAAUCAUGCCAGCGUUUGGGAAAUGGUCGCCGAGGUGUUGAAUCGCUUCAGCGCACGCAAACGCUCCGCCAAGCAGUGUUGCAAUCGUUAUGAGAAUUUGAAGAAGAUCUACACACAACUGAAGAAGAAUCCUGAACGUCAUGUGCGUCGCAAUUGGCCCUAUAUGUUUCUCUUCAAGGAGAUCGAGGAGCAGCGCGGCGAGUGCUGGGGUUCGGCGAAUGGCAAACGGUUGGCGCUGAUCGCGAAAAGUCACAAAGAGCUGUCCUACUAUCAGCGUCGGCGGCAGGCUGCCGAGCUGGGUGUGGCUUAUUUGGGCAAGGAGGCGGCCGCGGUCAUGCAGCAUAGUCUAUUGCAGAGCCUCUCCACCGACUCCAGCAGCAACAACAGCAAAAUGGAACGUUUUCUGCCCAAUCACUUUGUGGAGGCGCAGCUGGGUGACGGUCUGGGUGGUGGCAUGAGCAUGUAUGACGAUGGUCCGCCCAUGCACCUGCCGGGUGGCGCAAGCGCAGCAGCGGCCGCAGCAGCUGCAGCGGCGGCGGCGGCAAUGAAUGUGGCUAUGCAAAAGGAGCAGGAAAUGCGCGAUAACGGUGCUAACGAGAGCGUCGGUAGCAUGGAAAACGCCAAUUGUAACCCGGCACCGCAUGCGGCCGAGUUAAAUGGAGCGCUGCCAUUGAAUGGCGACGCAGACAUGCCCAAUGGCGGUGUAGCGGGUAGUGGCGGUGUGGGUGGUGUGAACGGCUUGUUGGUGCCACAUUCCGGUAAUGGCAUCAAAGAUGUGCUGCGACCGCACUUUGAUAAGGAAUGCAAUGGCGUUGGUGGGCCAAUGGGUCUGACCAAUGGUGAAAACAAUAUCUCAAUGAAGUCCGAGCCAAUGUCCGAUGGGGAAUUCAACCCAGAUGAUAUACAGUUAAUGCAGACGAAUUACAAUGGCUCCCAAAACUACUAUCCACACAAUAUCGACCACAAUAUCCUGCAUCCGGACGUCAUCGUCGACACCGAUAACAUUUCUGAUUGCAGCAGCGUCAUCGGCGGGGAUGGCAUUGGUGGCUCGGCGAAAAGCAAACGCAAGCUCUCCACCUCCACCGAUGGCGGUGACAGUACAAACUACGAACUGAUCGAGUACUUAAAGCGACGCGAGAAGCGCGACGAGGAAUUGCUGCGACGCAUGGACGCGCGCGAAGAGCGACUGCUGGCCUUACUUGAGCGCACAGUUGUGGCCAUUGAGACAUUGGCGGGCAAAAAGCCAGUGGAGAAUAAGGAGUGAAGGAGGCGAUUUGACGACCUCAAGGGAAUAAUGUGCCUUCAAAGCAACAACAGCAACAAAACCAGUCAUUUAGUGAAGUAAGAACAGUAGUUGUAAGUCAAGCCAAAAGUAGCGAGGCCAAAGUACUAAUGGAGCCAAAGAACAAAAUCGAUGAGAUUUUUAAUUUAAUUUUUGUUUUUGUAAUUAAUUUAGUCGUAAUACUCAGUAAGCUAUGGCAGUUUUUACAUAUUUAUAUACAGAAUUUUGUGCUUAAUUAUUUUGUAAGCGUACUCGUAAGAAUAUGGAUGCUAUUUCGAUUUAUUUGAAAUGUUGCCAACCAAUUUACUUAAUUAUUUUAAUAUUAGGAUGAGCGGAGACACUUUUAAAUACUCAUUUUACUUUGUAAUUACUUGUAACUUAUGUGCCAUUGUAUUUAAUUGAAAUACGAAGUAAAAAAUUAAAAUCAA